AUGCCUAUCCUCAAGCAACUGGUGUCCAGCUCUGUCCACUCCAAGCGCCGUUCCCGCGUGGACCUCACAGCUGAGAUGAUCAGCGCCCCCCUAGGUGACUUCCGGCACACCAUGCACGUGGGCCGGGCUGGGGACGCCUUUGGAGACACUUCCUUCCUCAACAGUAAGGCUGGCGAGCCGGACGGCGAAUCCCUGGAUGAACAGGCCUCCGCCUCGUCCUCCAAGCGCAGCCUCCUGGCCCGCAAGUUCCGGGGCAGUAAACAGUCCCAGUCAGUGACCAGGGGUGACCGGGAGCAGAGGGACAUGCUGGGCUCUCUGCGGGACUCAGCCUUCUUUGUCAAGAAUGCCAUGUCCCUGCCCCAGCUGAACGAGAAGGACACUGCGGAGAAGGGCUCUAGCAAGCUGCCCAAGAGCCUGUCAUCCAGCCCUGUGAAGAAGGGGGGCUCUGGGGAGGGUGACACAGAGGAGCGGGCUGCUGGAGAGGGGCUGCCCAGCCGCAACGGGGCCGGGGGACCCCACUCGCCAGACCCCAUCCUGGACGAGCAGGCGUUCGGGGACCUGACAGAUCUGCCCGUGGUGCCCAAGGCCAGCUACGGGCUGAAGCAUGCAGAAUCCAUCAUGUCUUUCCACAUCGACCUGGGGCCCUCCAUGCUGGGCGACGUGCUCAGCAUUAUGGACAAGGAUGAGUGGGAGCCCCAGGAGGAGGAAGAUGGGGCUUUCCAUGGUGAUGAGGGUCCCAGCAGCCUCAAGGCCCCAGCUCCUCUGCCUUGCUCUGCAGCCCCUCCGCUGGCCAGGCAGGAAGGCAAGAUGGAAGCGGACUCUUCCUCACUGCCCUCCCACACGCUCGAUGACGAUGGGUGGGCAGUGGCAGCCCCUAGCCCUGGCUCGGCCCGCAGUGUGGGUAGCCACACCACCCGGGACAGUAGCUCCCUGUCCAGUUGCACCUCUGGGGUCCUGGAGGAGCGCAGCCCCGCCUUCCGGGGGCCAGACAGGACCCGGGUCCCCCUCCCGAGGCAGCCCGACAAGGAGUUCUCCUUCGUGGACGAGGAGGAGGAGGAUGAGAUCCGAGUGUGA